AUGAACGUCCUUAAGCACGCCGCCGUCCCAGGACGGUACGCCUUGGCCCGCGCCGCCGCAAACACCUCCAGAUCGCAAGUCUGCACCACACGAACGCUGCACACGACCAUCGCCAGGAUGUCCGCCUCCACACGAACCGAAACAGACGCCUUUGGCGCCCUCCAGGUCCCCGCCGACAGGUAUUGGGGCGCCCAGACCGAGAGGUCUCUGGAGAACUUCAAGAUCAACCAGCCCCAGGACCGCAUGCCGCCGCCCAUCAUCAAAGCCUUUGGCAUCCUCAAGGGCGCCGCCGCCACGGUCAACAUGCGCUACGGCCUCGACGAGACGAUCGGCAAGGCCAUCCAGCAGGCCGCCGCCGAGGUCGCCGAGGGCAAGCUGCUCGACCACUUCCCCCUCGUCGUCUGGCAGACGGGCUCCGGCACCCAGUCCAACAUGAACGCCAACGAGGUCAUCUCGAACCGCGCCAUCGAGAUCCUCGGCGGCGAGAUGGGUUCCAAGACGCCCGUCCACCCCAACGACCACGUCAACCGCAGCGCCUCGUCCAACGACACCUUCCCCACCGUCAUGCACAUUGCCGCCGUGCUCGAGAUGGAGUCGGAGCUCAUCCCCGCCAUCCGGAGCCUGCGCGACGCCCUGCAGGUCAAGGUCGACGACUUUGAGGCCAAGAAGAUCAUCAAGAUCGGCCGCACCCACCUCCAGGACGCCACGCCCCUGACCCUCGCCCAGGAGUUCUCCGGCUACGUCGCCCAGCUCGACGCCGGCAUCGCCCGCGUCCAGUCCUCGCUGCCCGACCUGCGCCUGCUCGCCCAGGGCGGCACCGCCGUCGGCACCGGCAUCAACACCUUCCAGGGCUUCGCCGAGGGCAUCGCCGAGGAGGUCUCCAGGAUGACGGGCACCGAGUUCAAGACGGCGCCCAACAAGUUCGAGGCCCUCGCCGCCCACGACGCCAUCGUCCAGGCCCACGGCUCCCUCAACACCCUCGCCGGCUCCCUCAGCAAGAUCGCCCAGGACAUCCGCUACCUCGGCAGCGGGCCCCGCUGCGGCCUCGGCGAGCUCAACCUGCCCGAGAACGAGCCCGGCAGCAGCAUCAUGCCCGGCAAGGUCAACCCCACCCAGUGCGAGGCCCUCACCAUGGUCUGCGCCCAGGUCAUGGGCAACCACGUCGCCACCACCAUUGGCGGCAUGAACGGCCAGUUCGAGCUCAACGUCUACAAGCCCCUCGUCAUCCGCAACCUGCUGCACAGCGUCCGCAUCCUCAGCGACGGCAUGCGCUCGUUUGAGAAGAACCUCGUCGUCGGCCUCGCCGCCAACGAGCAGAAGAUUGCCAGCAUCAUGCAGGAGUCCCUCAUGCUCGUCACCUGCCUGAACCCCAAGAUCGGAUACGACAUGGCCAGCAAGGUCGCCAAGAACGCCCACAAGAAGGGCCUCACCCUCAAGGAGAGCGCCAUGGAGCUCAACGCCCUGACCGAGGAGGAGUUUGACACGCUGGUGAAGCCCGAGCUCAUGGUCGGCCCCGCCGAGUACAAGCCGUGA